AUGGAAGCGAUACCGAAAGCAAGCCCAGAGAGCCCAGAGAAGGACUUAGUAUGGCUGAGACAAAGCCAGAUCACAUUACAAGACAAAAUCAAAAUGUUGAAUGAGCUCGAUGAACAAGUCAUUGAUAUACUCAGCGCAUCGAAGGACGAAGACGUCGACGAACAACUUGGCAAAGAGAUCGAGGAUUCAGGCCAAGCGAUCGCAGAAUUGGAAAGAACGUUGCUUCAACUCGAUGACGCGCUAGGAAAACUCGAAGGACAAAGCCUGCCAUUGUUGACGCCAACGAAUCUCACAUCAGCCGAAGGAAACCUUGAUCAAAGUCAUGUUUCAAUAUCAAGUGCGGGUAAAAUCAUAAGAGCGAAGCUUCCGAAACUUAGACUACGGAAUUUCGGCGGAACGAUUUGUGAAUGGGCAGAGUUUUGGAAUGGAUUUUCCAGCUCGAUAGACAACAAUGAUCAAUUGUCGGAUGUUGACAAGUUCGCCUAUCUGCGCGGAUAUUUGGAAGGGCCAGCAAAGUCUACCAUGGCUGGUCUCUCGUUGACGGGAGCGAAUUACAAGUGUGCGGUGGAAUUGUUAAAAGAAAAGCGCAGUACAACGCGCGCACGUAAAUGA